UCCGCAGCCGCGAGGAUGGCGUUCAGCAAAGGGUUCCGGGUCUUCCACAAGCUGGACCCCGCGCCUUUCAGCCUCAUGGUGGAGACCAGGCACAAGGAGGACUGUCUCAUGUUCGAGUCCGGGGCCGUGGCCGUGCUCUCUUCUGCAGAAAAAGAGGCAAUCAAGGGUGCAUACUCCAAAGUACUGGAUGCAUACGGACUACUAGGUGUUUUACGAUUAAAUCUUGGUGAUACCAUGUUACAUUACCUGGUCCUGGUCACUGGAUGUAUGUCUGUGGGAAAAAUUCAAGAAUCUGAAGUUUUUCGAGUUACUUCCACUGAAUUUAUAUCCCUGCGAAUCGAUUCUUCAGAUGAGGAUCGCAUCUCAGAAGUGCGAAAAGUUUUGAAUUCAGGAAACUUUUAUUUUGCAUGGUCUGCCUGUGGAGCCAGCUUAGACCUGAGUCUGAGUGCGCAUCGCAGCCUGCAGGAGCACGCGACCGACAACCGGUUCUUCUGGAACCAGUCUUUGCACCUGCAUCUCAAGCACUACGGUGUGAGCUGUGACGACUGGCUGUUGCGCCUCAUGUGUGGGGGAGUAGAGAUCAGGACAAUUUACGCCGCUCACAAGCAGGCCAAGGCUUGCCUCAUCUCCAGGCUGAGCUGUGAGCGAGCGGGCACCAGGUUUAACGUCCGGGGAACGAACGAUGACGGUCACGUCGCUAAUUUUGUAGAAACAGAACAGGUUGUGUACUUAGAUGACUCUGUUUCUUCCUUCAUACAAAUCCGGGGUUCUGUUCCAUUGUUCUGGGAGCAACCAGGGUUGCAGGUGGGAUCGCAUCGUGUCCGCAUGUCCAGGGGUUUUGAAGCCAACGCUCCAGCCUUUGACAGGCAUUUUAGAACGCUUAAGAAUUUAUAUGGUAAACAAAUAAUAAUAAAUUUGCUUGGAUCUAAGGAAGGUGAACAUAUGCUAAGUAAGGCCUUCCAGAGCCACCUAAAAGCUUCUGAGCACGCUGCCGAUGUCCAGAUGGUGAAUUUCGACUACCACCAAAUGGUCAAAGGGGGGAAGGCGGACAAAUUACACAGUGUUCUUAAACCUCAAGUCCAGAAGUUUCUAGAUUAUGGAUUUUUUUAUUUCGACGGAAAUGAUGUUCAAAGGUGCCAGAGUGGUACAGUUCGCACCAACUGCUUGGACUGCCUCGACAGAACGAACAGUGUGCAGGCCUUCCUCGGCCUCGAGAUGCUAACUAAACAGUUGGAAGCUCUCCACUUGGCUGAGAAGCCUCAACUGGUGACUCGCUUUCAAGAAGUUUUCCGGUCUAUGUGGUCGGUGAACGGCGACUCCAUCAGUAAGAUCUAUGCGGGCACUGGAGCUCUGGAGGGGAAGGCCAAGGCUGGAAAGUUAAAAGAUGGUGCUCGUUCUGUUACUAGAACGAUUCAGAAUAACUUCUUUGACAGCUCCAAGCAAGAGGCCAUUGAUGUUUUGCUCCUUGGAAAUACUCUAAAUAGUGAUUUAGCUGACAAAGCUCGAGCACUUUUAACUACUGGAAGUUUGCGUGUUUCUGAACAGAUGUUACAGUCAGCCUCUUCCAAAGUACUGAAGAGCAUGUGUGAGAAUUUCUACAAAUAUUCAAAGCCCAAGAAAAUUCGAGUAUGUGUUGGAACCUGGAAUGUGAAUGGUGGGAAGCAGUUUCGCAGCAUAGCUUUUAAGAAUCAGACGCUCACCGACUGGCUGCUUGAUGCUCCCAAGUUGGCUGGCAUCCAGGAGUUUCAAGUUCCCUCUCCUUUGGUUUCUCCGCCACUUUGUGUCUGUGCCUUUCCUGAAGACUUCCUUCCCCCGUGUUGGCUCACUUGCCUGUUAGGAGCAGCUCAUUUCUCUGCUGUCCAUGAGAAAAGAAGUAAGCCAACCGACAUAUUUGCAAUUGGCUUUGAGGAAAUGGUGGAGCUGAACGCUGGAAACAUUGUGAAUGCGAGCACCACGAACCAGAAGCUGUGGGCCGUGGAACUGCAGAAGACCAUCUCCCGGGACAGCAAGUACGUGCUGCUGGCCUCCGAGCAGCUGGUGGGCGUCUGCCUGUUCGUCUUCAUCAGGCCCCAGCACGCGCCUUUCAUCAGGGACGUCGCAGUGGACACGGUGAAGACGGGGAUGGGGGGUGCGACUGGAAACAAGGGAGCGGUCGCCAUCCGCAUGCUGUUCCACACCACCAGCCUCUGCUUCGUCUGCAGCCACUUCGCCGCAGGGCAGUCCCAGGUCAAGGAGCGGAACGAAGACUUCGUGGAAAUCGUCCGGAAACUGAGUUUCCCUAUGGGAAGGAUGCUGUUUUCCCAUGACUACGUAUUUUGGUGUGGAGAUUUCAAUUAUCGAAUCGAUCUCCCUAAUGAGGAGGUGAAGGAGCUCAUCAGGCAGCAGAACUGGGACUCUCUCAUAGCAGGAGAUCAGCUCACCAACCAGAAGAACGCUGGGCAGAUUUUCAGGGGAUUUUUAGAAGGAAAAGUGACCUUUGCUCCAACAUACAAAUAUGAUUUGUUCUCUGAAGACUACGACACCAGUGAGAAGUGCCGCACCCCCGCCUGGACCGACCGUGUCCUCUGGAGGAGAAGGAAGUGGCCUUUCGAUCGAUCAGCGGAAGACUUAGACCUUCUCAAUGCUAGUUUUCAAGAUGGAAGCAAAAUCCUCUACACGUGGACUCCUGGUACUUUGCUGCACUACGGGAGAGCCGAGCUGAAGACUUCCGACCACAGGCCUGUCGUGGCGCUGAUAGACAUCGACGUAUUCGAAGUUGAAGCUGAAGAGAGGCAGAACAUUUAUAAGGAAGUCAUCGCCCUGCAGGGCCCGCCGGACGGCACCGUGCUGGUCUCGGUCCAGAGCUCCGGCUCAGAGAACAGCUUUUUCGACGACACCUUGAUCGACGAGCUGCUGCAGCAGUUCACGAGCUUCGGUGAAGUGAUUCUCAUCCGGUUUGUAGAAGAUAAAAUGUGGGUUACAUUUUUGGAGGGCAGUUCUGCCUUGAGUGUUCUAAGCCUAAAUGGUAAAGAGUUGUUGGGCCGGACCAUAACCAUUACUUUGAAAAGUCCCGACUGGAUCAACACUUUGGAAGAAGAAAUGAGUCUAGAGAAAGUUAGCGUGCCACUGCCGUCCUCAACCAGCUCCACCCUGCUGGGCGAAGAUGCGGAGGUGGCGGCAGAUUUCGACUUGGAAGGAGAUGUGGAUGACGACAGCGCGGAGGUGGAGGGGAUUCUUCCCCAGCAUCUCCAGCCUUCUUCGUGCUUCGGCCCCGGCAUGUCCCCGACCUCCUCACCGAGGACCAGCCCCUGCCAGUCACCUACGAUAUCAGACGGCCCUGUGCCCUCCCUUCCCAUAAGACCAAGUCGGGCACCGUCCAGAGCUCCAGGGCACCCGCCUUCACAAACUGCUUUUCUAGGUUCUCCCGGCGACACUCAGCCAGCAGCACAGCCGCAGCAGAAAGAUGCUCCUCAGGCCCUGGAGCCCAGGCGGCCUCCUCCCCCCCGCCCAGCGGUUCCUCCCGCGAGGCCAGCGCCCCCUCAGAGACCACCUCCACCUUCAGCACCCAAAAGCCCUGGGAUGACACGGAAGGAAAAUAUAGGGUGCGGCCAGCCUCCGCCUCCUGUGGGACCCACAGGCCCAGGACCUGCCGGACCCAGCGCAGCCCGACCGGUGAUCCCGCCCCGCGCAGGAGUCAUCAGCGCCCCGCAGAGCCAGGCCCGGGCGUCUGCAGGGAGGCCAGCCGCGGACAGCCAGAGCAGAGCCCCGGAAGACCCGAGAGGUCCUGCUCUUCUACCUGAACCGCUGAAGCCUCAGGCCGCCGUGCCUCUGCAGCCUUCUCUGCCCCCACCUGCUCAGAAGAUGCAGGAGCCUCUGGUCCCCACAGCAGCACCGCUGUCUCAGGUGGCCCCCCAGCCGCCGCCUCGGAGCAGGUCCUCGCACAGCCUGCCUCCCGAGCCCACGCCGCAGCCGCAGCCGCAGCCGCAGGUGAAAACCAACGGAGCCUCUGCUGUCAGACUGGAAUCCCCCCUGAAGAGCGACCCCUUUGACGAUCUGUCACUGACUCUGCUUGCUGCACCCAAGGCUCCGCCCCCUGUGCACCCAGCACCUGUCCUCCCCCCAGGCCUGCUGGGGCUGGCCCCGCUGCCCUCGGCCACACAAAGUAGUAGUAUUUUGAGUUCUGUGAGUUGCUUGCCGACACUGCCUCCAAUUCCAGCCCGGAGUAAAUCCCAGGAAAACAUGCGAGGUUCUCCAAACCCCUUCACUGCGAGCGUGGCCGGCACGAACCCCUUCCCCGACAGGACUGCCACUCCCCGAAACCCAUUUAGAGCGGAGUCUCCGGAGUCCGGGGCGGCUCCGGGGCUCUCUAGGGAGGGGCCUGUUGCUCUCAGCCCCUUCCCUCCUCCGAAGCCGCUGGGGCACGGCGCCAGCAAGUCCCCAUCUCCACCUGACGACUCCCAGGGCAGCUUCGGUCUGCAGGGCCAGUCUGCCGUCAGAAUCGGCCACCCGAGAGGCUGGGUGACCUUCGAAGAAGAAGAGGACUUCGGUGUGAAAGGAAAGUUGAAGUCGGCUUUUCCAGACUUACUGGGUGAGCAGCCAGGCCUGUCUUCUGGCUCCGGCGUAGCCUCUGAUGCCGGCUGGAGGAAAGGUACAGAUGUCUCUGCCUGUGUGUUGCCAUCACGAAGACCACCCCCGCCUCCCGGGUCCCUGCUCCCCGCUGGCCCCACCCCUCCAGCAGACCCUGUCACAGUGCCGGCUCUCACGCUGGACUUCACGGAGAGAUAGUGUCCGGCCAUGGAGACCGCUGGUCCUCGCUCGGGCGGGGCAGAGCCAAGCCAAGAGAGUCGGGCAUGCAUUCUUCAUUAUGUGCAAUAAGUCGUUGCUGAGUGCACUGAUGUCAGGAAAUACCACUGUUUAAUGUGCGCAGAGUUGGAAUAUGUGUAUAUUGGGAAUAAGGAAAAAGUCCUCAUUAUUAACUGCAGUUUUGGUGCAUUUCUGUUUGGAUAACAGAGAGAGUAGUGGCCAUAAAAAGUGCUCAAACUACUUUAGAAAAUAGUCCUCAUUCAGAAAUUCUGUUAUAGUCUUCUCUAAAGAAUCUCCCAAAGCCAACAGCUUCUGGCGAACGUCACUGCGAGCUGCUCGCACGGUCCACAGCUGGCUUUUACAGGGUCUACCAGAGCUGUCGGAGGGACCCCGGAACAGGAUUUUGAAAGGCGUUGCUUUUUACAGAAAGUGUGCGUACACAUGCGUGCACUUGUGUGCAUAUGUGUACACCUACACGUUUGUAAAACUCACCAUUUAAAUUCUAGGAUAUAACUCAGACCAAAUUUUUACCUAAAAGUUCUGACUGAGUUCUUUUUUCAGUAUUUCAUUAUCAGAAGGAUGUCUGUAAGUGAAAUUUGGACAUUUCUUCAAUUUUCUUUCCAAAACUAGAAUAAUCCUUACCCCAGCACCAGAAUGUUCUUCCCGUACACACAUGCACGACACAUCCUCCUCUCUCCAUCCACCACCCCCCCAUGAGCUCCCGCUGGGAGCAGCAGACUUGAUGGUGACUGUCCUGUUACGGACACCCCAACCCUUUCCAAAGAGCAGAUGGCCUUUUGUGUCGGGAAGGCACAUACCACUGGGGUCAGUGAGAACGUGAGCGCCAAGUAGACCCUCCUCUGCGUGAAGGUACGUGCUGCCGGUUCCCUCCGCACCUCCCCCAGCUGCCUCGCUUCCAGCCUCCCCAGCGGGAAGCAGCAGCCCUGGGUUGCCCCAGCUGGGAUCUUCCCGGGGCUGCGGAACACUCCUGUGGGCUGCUCUCCGCUCGGGCUGCUCCCAACUUGGGCUGCUCCUUGGCCUGGACUUCUCUCCGGUCCUGCCAGUACACAGCUGAUCCCGCUUCGGUCCGCAAUGCAGGCCCACGCGGCCUUCGUGCAGAAUGCGGUGUUUGUACCGCUAAGUAAUCCCAGUCGGGAAGCUCCUUGAGUGGCUGCUGGUUGUGAGUCUAAGCUAACGUCAUCUUCACCCACUGAGUCUUCCAUUCCGUCCCUUUUAUAUAGAGCUGUGUGUGUCCACCUACAUUCCGUUGUCGCAUGUACCUUUAAGGGUGUGCCGGGAGUGUCAGCAGCCAGAGCUCAUGGCUGAGAGUAUGUGAAGUUGAAAAGCACAGAGAACUGCAUUGCUCUUAACCAUGUGAAGCAAAUCUAUAGGGAAAAAGCACUUUCCUAAAUGCUCAAAUGUUAUCAAAAUACUCUUAUUUAUAGAAGCAGUCUCUCUGUUAGUCAGGAUUUGCUAUUAGAAAUAUACCUUGUAAGUUUUAUAUUGUGCUUUUUGGGGGUUCUAAUCAUUUCAGCAUUGGUACAUUUGAAACAGCAGUAUUACUGUAAGCAGUGUGCGUUAAAAGGUCAGCUGACUCGGGACCGUGGCUUUAACAUCUCUGUGAGCAGUGUGUGCAUUCGCUCUCCAUCAGCAAGCACCUCGUCAUCCACCUCAGCGCAGGCCGGGCUCUGCGGGCAGCCCUCCCUGCGGACCAGACCACAUGCCUGCAGCAGCUCAGCCUUGAGUGGGGAAGUCACAUUUGCAAGUUGCUGAAAGUGCACAGUCGGGAGGGUAAAGGCUGCUGCAAGCAGCUGCCAUCAUUCUGUGUGUCACUGAGAAUCACCAGCUCUGUCAGAAGCAAGGCAGAGGCCAGACACUAAGGAUCUCUUUGUGAAUUCUUUGUUCUCUAUAGUAGAUUGAUGUUUAUAUGUAAGAAUUUUAUUGCUUAUGUGGCAUACAAUAUUUAUAACUAUAUACUUUAUAGAAGUAUAUAUUAAGGUCAGUGGUAUACAAACAUUCUGUACAUAUCCUGUGAAAUGUGCUGUCAUAUGAAAUAAAUAUACCUGUCUUUACCAUACUGA